UUUACAACAUCGCUUUUUCAUACGAUUUCCCUGAAUAAAUAUCCGUGAAUCUUUUGUGUAAUGAGCGUUUCUUAACUGUCAAGCCGGCUAGGCUAUAUACAUUAAUAUUUUCAGUAUAUAUGACGGAUUUACAUAGAUCGAGAAAUAUUUCUGAAACCAUCGCACGACUUGUUUCAAAGUUGAGUGGCGCCAUUUUUAAAAAAAGCAAAAAUUGACAGAUUCAGAUUGUCCUUGAACCUAAAUCUAGACAUCUACAACAAAUAAAUCUACUUCCAACUUUGUGGUCCCUACAAUACCUUACUAUGGCGAUGGUAACAUCCAAUGCAGUCAAUAACAUCAAUCCAGAUGUACCAUGGGAAGGUGGAACUGGAGACGCUAUUCUUGCCAAAGAUAUCAAUGACUUUACAACACACAAAUCAACAGAGAAAAACCCCAUGUUCACUUCUGCAAUCCAAGAUGAAGCAAAGGGUGAUUCAGCCACCAAAUCAGUAGUUGACUCCAUACCUAAACCUUAUGAUCAAGCAUCUGAGCAAACAGAUGAAACAACUGAACCUGCUCUUACCAAGAUAUUUGUUCCAUUGCCUCUGAAGAGAAAUAUCGUGAUUCAUCUAGAGAUGCUCUGUGUGUGUAUACCCUUUGUUGAUGCUCGUGGAAGGCAUUUGUAUAAAGCACGGAAAAGAACCUCGGACCCUAUAAGCAAGGGUGUAAUGAAAAUCUACCCACAAUUGACCAGUGACAGUGGGUUACGAAUGAAGAUCACCUUUAGCGAGAGCCAGGCUGCGUUAAAAUGGGGGAAGAGCAAUGAAGGUUCGCUCCAUAUAAGGGAGGGUAGCCAGAGUGUUGUCUGUGUAGGAUCUGUCACACAGGAUCCAAAUAUUAUCACACUGAAACUUAUCAUCCCGAAAGACAAUGGAAGAAAUAAUAUUGUUGGAAAUAUGUAUAAAAAAUGUUUGGACAAUGACAAUGUUAUAAUGUGGAAAGUUAUUGUUCAUCCUAAUUUGAGAUGAGCCUUGAGAUAUGACAUUGUUCGGUUAAUGUUUGAUGGUAAUUAUAUGACUUUAGUAGUUAUUACAAUUUACACUGUACUUAGUAUUCUGUUCAUGAGAAAAAUAAUUGAAUUGGCAAGCCAUACUCAGCAUUCCAAGAAAAUUCAGCAAAGAUUCUUCAUGGUUAUAACAAGUAACAACUUUCUUAGAGAAAUAAAUGUUCUUGAACUUA